AUGGAAAUGCCAGAAACGGAUUUUGACUAUACUCUCUAUCCUGACAUCAACAUCACUUAUCCUACCAUAGACGAGUUCACGGCGGUCCCUUGUAGCAUCUCUAUCUUGGGCUUGAGCAGUGUUGGUCUAAUGAUCACCUACAUCACUGUGUUCAUCCUCAGUGUGCUGGGUAACAGUGUGGUCAUCUACGUAGUGUGCUGCAUGGCCAGGGGCCGUACCACCACAGACGUCUAUCUGAUGCACCUAGCCAUGGCUGACCUCCUCUUCUCCUCUACCCUCCCCUUCUGGGCCAUCUACAUCUACUCCCACUGGAUCUUUGGUACCUUCCUCUGCAAGUUCCUGUCUGGCCUCCAGGAUGCUGCGUUUUAUUGUGGGGUUUUCCUGUUAGCGUGCAUUAGUGUGGACCGCUACCUGGCUAUCGUGAAGGCCACGCGGGCACUGGCCCAGCGCCGCCACCUGGUGGGGUUGGUGUGCGGAGGCGUGUGGAUGGUGGCAGGGCUUCUCUCAUUGCCCGUGGUGCUCCAACGGGAGGCUAUCCAACCCGAGGAUCUUGAAGGCCAGACCAUCUGCUUUGAGAACCUGACUGUGGCGAGCAGCGACCAGUGGCGGGUGGGUGUGCGGGUGAUUCGCCACGUGCUGGGCUUCUUCCUGCCACUGGUGGUCAUCAUCGUCUGCUACAGCUGCACUGCAGCGACGCUGUUCCAUGGCGUGCGCAACGGCGGCCAGAAGCACAAGGCCAUGCGCGUCAUCCUGGCCGUGGUGCUGGCGUUCGUGGCGUGCUGGCUUCCGCGCAACGUCAGUGUGCUGGUGGACACGUUGAUGCGGAGCGGCUCACUCGGCGAGGAGACGUGUGAAUUCCGGAACAAGGUGAGCGUGGCGCUGUAUGUGACCGAGGUGAUGGCGUUCACGCACUGCGCCGUCAACCCUGUGCUGUAUGCCUUCAUCGGGCAGAAGUUCCGGAACCAGCUCUUGGUGGUGCUCCACAAGCAUGGGCUGAUCAGCAAGAGGGUGAUGGUGGCUUACCGCAGGGGCUCUGCCAACAGCAUGGCCAGUCAAAGGUCUAGGAACACCUCCGUUACCCUGUAA